UGCAGGAGGAGGAGGAGGAGGCGGCGGCCGGGCCAGCCCGGGCUGGGGGAGCCGGAGCGAUGCUGGCCUACCUGAGCCGGGGGAGCUUCCCGGACAGCCUACAGGAGGGCUUCACCGAGAACCAGCUGCAGGCGUACGUGGCCUGGGUGAACGGCCAGCUGAAGAAGAGGCCGGCGGUGCGGCCCGUGCAGGACCUGCGGCAGGACCUGCGCAAUGGCGUCGUCCUGGCGUGUCUCGUCGAGAUUGUGGCCGGGGAGAAGCUGAGUGGCAUCCAGGCGAGCCCCAGCAGCCAGCAGGAGAUGCGGGCCAAUGUGGACAAGGUGCUGCAAUUUGUGGCCUCCAGGAAGAUCCGCAUGCACCAGACCUCGGCCAAAGACAUCGUGGACGGGAACCUCAAGUCGAUCAUGCGUCUGGUCCUGGCCCUGGCGGCGCACUUCAAGCCCAGCUCCGGCCAAGGGCCGGUGCGCGGUCCGGCCCCCCAGCCCGGCUAUCGACCCCCCUGCGCUGCCGCCGUGGCCCAGACUGCCGCCGCCGCCCUGGCCGAGGUGUGUCACGAUGUGUCGCGGUCCGGGCGAGAAGUCUUCCGCUUCCGCCGGAGGAGCAGUAGCCUGGAUGAGGAGAUCGAGAACCCGUGCUGGAGCGUGCGGGCAUUGGUGCAGCAGUACGAGGGGCAGCAGGGGGUCCCGCCCGAGGGAAGCACCCCCAGCAGCCUGACCUCCUCCAGUCCACUCCAUGGUGUGAAGAGUGAGUCAGCCUCCCCUCGGGCAGAGGAACGAGCCAGCUUCGUGAUAGUCCCCUGUGAGGCAGCGGAGAACAGGACAGAUGAGGCAGACGCCCCAUUUUCUCGGGACUGGCACGUGGGGAGCUCGGGGACGUGGGAGGAGCAGCUGCUGGAGCAGCAGGACCACUUGGAGAAGGAGAUGGAGGAGGCCAAAUCUCUCAUCUCCGGCCUACAGGCCCUGCUGCUCCACGGCUCGUUGCCAGAGGACGACCAGGAGAAGUCGCUGGCCAUCGCCGACCAUGGCGCUAACCCCGAGGAGCAGCUGGUCAUCAUCCGCAGCCGCCUGGACCUCAGCACGGAGGAAAAUCAAGGACUGAAGAAGGAGCUGUUGAAGUGCAAGCAGGAGGCCAGAACUUUACAAGGCAUAAAGGAUGCCUUGCAGCAGAGGCUGGCCCAGCAGGACACCUCAGUUCUGCAGCUCAAGCAAGAGCUGCUCAGGACCAGCAUGGAUAGGGAUGAGUUGCAAAACCAGAACGUGGACCUACAGAGGAAGGUGGACGAGAGGGACCGGCUCUUGGGGGAGGUCAAGAGAGACUUGGGUCAGCGGGAUCGCUGCCUCCAGCAGCACCAGGCCCGGCUGGACCACCUGCAGCGCAAGCUCGCCCAGGCCAACACCCAGCAGGUGGAGCUGAAGCGGGAAUUGGAGCACAAGGACGCCCUCCUGUCCCGGAGCAUAAAGAGAGCCCCGGAUGAGGUCGCCCGCUCUCCCGACCUCGGUUUCCGGAGCAACGGUCUCCCCGCCCCCUCCACUGCAGCGGCGGCCCAUGGGGUCCCGCCCCCGCUGCGCCAGCGUGGCGACCUGCGGCUGGUGCGCGACGCCCUGCGUAGCCUGCGUGACAGCUUCGGCGGCCACGACCCGCAGCACCACACCAUCGACAGCCUGGAGCAGGGCAUCUCCAGCCUCGUCGAGCGGCUGCACCUCGCCGAGAUGCUGCCCAUACGCCCCGAGAGACGGGUUCGCGGGAAGUCACCGGGGCGAGCAGCGGGCGAAUCCCGGGAGUCGCGGCCUCCCUGUCCCGACCUGCCCCCGGAGCUGAGCUCUCCGGCCAACGGCAGCGGCACCAAAGUGCUCUACUUCACUGACCACUCACUCACGCCCUUCACGGUCAACAUACCAAAGAGGCUGGGGGAGGUGACCCUCCGGGACUUCCGAACGGCCAUUGACCGGGGCAGGAAUCUCCGCUAUCACUUCAAGGCCUUGGACCCUGAGUUUGGCACCGUCAAGGAGGAGGUUUUUCACGACAACGACCUCAUUCCCGGCUGGGAAGGGAAAAUCGUGGCUUGGGUGGAAGAAGACCACGGAGAGAACUAAGCCUCCUCCCCUCGCCCCUAGCCGUCGAGGACCGACCCGAGGCCCCGGCGGGUCCGGCUCCAGCCGCCUGAAGGGGCCUCUCUGAAGGCGGCGACCUGGGCCUGGGCGCCUCCACCUGCCCUCCAGCAGCUGGCACACAGUCACGGCCCGGGCCGGGGACUUGCCUGGCACCGCCUGGCAGGGCCACGGUUUGUCUAUCUGCUGGCGACAAGCUGGCACGGUGCUGAGGCCCCCAGUAGGGCUGAGUGACCAGGGAAGGCAGGUCUCCCUUGUCCUCUCCUCCCCGACUUGCACCCCCGCCUUCGGACGGGGGAGCAGAGUGCAGCUCCCCAAGGCCCCUAUGGCUCGCUGCUGGCGGGGGCCGCCAACUCUCCUCUCCCAGACAGUGGCCUUGGCAUAAGGAAGGAGCUAGGGUGGCUCCUUAGUCCCGUGAGUCUUCCUAGAAGCCUCGGCGAGGGGUCCCUCCCCACCCUCCCUUGACUUUGCUUCUCCAGCAGCCGUCAGGUUCCCGGGGUUCCCUGUCCGGCGGGACAGGGCCAGGCCGCUGACCCAGCCCGAGGCGGCACAUCCCGGCCCGCCCUUACCUCCUGCCACACGCUCCCGGCAGGCCGGGACCCGGGCUGGGCAAGCCGCCGGGCUCUGAGAACUGGACUCGCACAGCCAGGCGCCGGGCACCUUUCCCUCCUGCCAGCCCAGGCUGCCACCACUGCCAACGUCCACUGCCAGUCGGAAGACCUGCCCGCCUCGAUCCGGUGCCACCGCGGGCAGCAGCGGGGCCCGACGUUUUACCGUUUGAUCGUCGUCUGUCCCUUUUGUACCGCGUUCCCCUGGGUGUGGGCUGGCUUCGUUGGCUGCAGUCCACAUCUAUUUUUAUAACCCCAAAAUCGGGCAGGCGGGGAGUUCUUUCCUCUCUCCUCCCUUCCGUACCAGCCUCGUUUUCUAGAGAAUUCAGACAACUUUUCUAAGAGUUUCAGGUGCGCGAGGUUUGGUUACCACAUUGCCCGAUUGCCACUCCGUCCUGGGGCCUCAACCCCACCCCUCCUGCCAGCUGGCAGGGCCACUGGGCCUUCCCGGUGAGCCGCUCCCCACUUCAUCGGGAAACACGAGGGCUCAGAAACCUACCUAAGGUCCCGCUCGUCUGCUUUAUCUCUGGAAUCAGCCCGAUUCUUGGCGCCUGUCUGCUGGACCCCGAGGGGGAGGCCCUGGGAAGCUGGAGAGGGAUGCAGCAUCACUGACUUGCGGGGCGCCGGGAGGUCACAGGGUCCCAAGGUCAUGCAGGGCCAUGCAGGCGGGCCCCAUCACCCGCUGGUAGAAGAAGAAAGGGGAGCAGGUCUGCCAGGGGGGGACCUUAUUGCUGAAGUGAGGGGUGGUGGGACGCCGCCUCCCCGUAUCUAGCCUUAUGUGUGUGGGGGUCCAGAUGCUGUGGCUCCCAGCAUCCAUCCCCUAAUCCUGGCGUGUGAAGAGAAGGGGUGCGUGGGAGUGACGGCUGUCAAAAUGUACAGUGGGGCAGGUAGAAGUGAGUGGGGCAGCUCUUUGCUCAGGGAAAGCUAGAGGAGGUAGCACUGGGCCUUCUCCGUUCAGGAAGUCAGUGGAAAAGCCUGCGUUUCCCUCCGCCCUCUCUUGAGUGUACCUAGAGCACCUCUCCCAGGUAGCCGGGGGCGGCGGGGGGUUCAGAAAAGUCAAGCUGCGUGGGAGGAAGGUUGCUUGAAGUUUCCUCAGAGUCGGUCUAGUAAGGCCCCAUACCCCGCCCCUCUGGGGUGGGGGCUGCCUGUCUAGUGGACCCUGUGGGAGAAGCCUGGAGAGGGAAGCGGCAACACUACCUUGGGGGUUGCUGGGUGGUCACAGGGUCAUGGGGUUCCUGGGCCAGAAGGAGCUGGUUCUGGCCAGGGACAUGUUUAGGGGGUCAAAGUGGACACUGGCUGCCCUCCCUCUCUCCCUGGGCCCCCCCUCCCCUAGAUUUUCUCCAUGAGAAAAAUUGCUUUAAGGAGCCACUGGGUCAGCGGGAAACUCCCUCCAACAGGAUACUACCCUGCCCCAGGGGCUCCUAGAUUCUAGAGGUGAGUCCAGCCCCCAUCACAGCUCCCCACUCUGCUCCAGGAGCCAGGGGCCACUUUGGCCCCGAGGAAGCACAUAGCCCAGUGCCACGUUGUUUCACCAAGUAUUCUUCCGGUUCACCUGUCCCUGGCAGCGCCAGCCCGCGCGGGCGGCCUUUUAAGGGCUGGCUGCCCCACCGUGUGAGGUUUUAUUUUUUCAGAAAUGGAAGUUCACUACCCUCCUGCCCGAGGCUGCUCUGUCCAAGCCAGAGGCCGCCUUCCGAUUGAAUUCCUGAUGAGAUCAUGGGGGUCCUCUGCCUGUGUAACCCUGAAUAAAAUGGAAUCGGGAACCUA